GGCUCGUGUCAUACAUAUCAUUUGACGACGACAGUGACACCUCCAUCCAAGCCGAUGGCGAGGACCUGGUCUUCAGGGUGGUCUCCAACCCCUACGCGAAUGGUCAUGACAUUCUCGCGACGCCGAAAAGCGCGCGCGUGCACAACGGGAACAUGGGCGCCAAUGUCAGCGUGCAGGGCAUCAGCUCGGUGUCUCCGCUCAUCGCUGUAACGGUCCCACGCGGUUCUAUAGAGCAGAUAUGCUUUGAUCUGUUAUAUAUACCUGACGGGAGUGACGUGAAUAUAACUGUCCUCACCAUUCCGAAAGUGGGCCUGUUGUUUCUGGAGUCGUCCACUGCCCAACCGGAGACCCCUACCACGGCGAUUGCACCAGGACAUGUGCUGCUAGGGCUGGACCAAUGCCUGUACUACAACGCCCCAGCGUCCUUCAACGUCACACAAUUCACAUUCUCGGUACAACCCACAACGGGCAAGGUCAGGUGGGAUGAAGCUAUUUAUAGAAUAACAACACUCAACGACGCACCGUCCCUGAUUGCGGCAAAGGCAAAGGACUGCAAAAGUGAUGUGGUCAAGGGCCACUGGGGCGUGGUAAAUCCUGUGCCCUGGGCUGCCUCCCUGGCCAUGGGUUUGUUCACAAGUGUUAUCAUCUGGGUCACCUUCGGCUUCCUGAUUCACUACCGCCACCGCCGCCAAUUCCGACAGGAUGGGAUUGUUUCACAUAUACUGGUUCUCGUGGGUUUGCAGAUGAUGGCGUUUUUUUUGUUCCUGUGGGGAGAUUUCGGGGGCAGUGCUAGCCACGUGCUGCUCAAAUGUCAGAUACAGAUUUGGCUGCUGUUUGGCUCGUGGCACUUAAUCCUGGUGACACUGUUCCUGCGCAACCUGCGACUGCACGUCAUAUUCAACGGAGACCUCCACCGCAGACUACGCACACGACAGAUAAUCACAAAGGGCCUGAGCGGUUGGCGUCUGGUCGGAUACCUCACACUGUUGUUUGUGCCACUGGCCAUUAUACUGCUAGGCUUCACUUUAACGGAUGGCGUGGUGGUUGAUUCCAACGGCCUGUGUGUGAUCACCGAAGGGGGCUUCUAUGUAUUCCUGUGUCUGUUGAUUAUGGCGGGGGUGGCCGCGUUGAGUGUCAUAGCCUUCAAAACGCGUACCAUUCCGCCCGAGUUCGGCGAAACGAGAGAGUUGUUCGUGUGCACGCUGUCUCUGGGAGGUGCAUUGGUGUUCUCUGUAGUCACGGAGAGUGUGUUCAGCAUCGGCGACCAAUGGUCCAAGUUCAUGGCCUUCUUUGCGCUGUAUCUGUGGAUCGCAGUAUCUCUGAUGGGUUUAUUACUCUGGCGAAAGUACCUGAAGUUCUGGCGUAAAUCCGAUGCCAGCGACGACGACGUGACAGAGACGGACUAUAUCUCUGAUGAUGUCAACAACGUCAAGUUUCUAACGCGCAAAUGGGCGCAGAUACACCAGGAGCUUAUGCGACUGGAAGAACGUCUAGAGGAGGCCAGACGUGCUGCCGGACGGGAGACGGAUCAAGAGAACAAGACAGUGGCGGACGAUGACUUGCAUGAGCCAUGGUAUACGUUUAUAGGCUUCGUUGCGCGAGUAAGGCGCUUUUUCAGACAUGUUAUUGGCAAACGUAUGCGCAGGCGCAUCAGUGUAGACCUCUCAUCGCAGCCCAUGGAUGAUGUAGCGUAUAACACGGAUGCAACGUUUAUUGCCGACCCUGUCAACGCUGUUUACGGGAAAAGUUCAAUAACCAUUGCUGGCACAGUCUCUGUCGCGGACAAGGACGAAGGAAGAAAAGACAAAUUAGACGAUAAAGGGAUAUCACCCGUUCCACAGACGCGAAUAGCCACUGAAAAUGAUAGUUUAGAAUCGCCGGUUUCGCCGCAGUCAGGCACUCGCGCGGCAAGAUCGCCAUCACAACCCCUACGACAUGCCACUCAUGACCAUGAGCUGCACCAACUGAGCCAGCGUCUGUUCCAACAUCUCAAUGCCGUUCCCAUUCUACCGCCGCACGGUCAUUCGCGGCAGAACAGCUCAGCACGUCUGGCCGCGCCGUAUUUAGGGGCGUCAUCAGCGGACGACAUACACAUCAAUCGACACAGAGAUACAUCCGUUUCGCCGCGACGCAACGAACAAGCAAAAGUAUCAAGUCAGAGUUUGAUACUCGACACGUGGUCAACGCGGAACCUCUGAAGUAUAUCAUUGAUUCUAGUGAAAUAAAAUUCAUCCAUACUGGGAUGUCGUGGAGA